AUGACAAACAGUGAGGGAAGUCGCGCUUCACAGAGGAGAAUGGUUGAGGGUGAAUCAAGCAAUGCAAGGGAAAGAAGGCUUAAGAUGCAAGCCGAUUUGGAGAGGAUGGAUCAGAGGAUGGAAGAAUCUGAUGCAGAGGAUAUGUCUACUCUGAGGAGACAGUCUGAGAGUGAGAGAUUGAGGGAAGAAAGGAGAACCAAGAAGAGGAAUGACCCUAUUAGUAGUGAGAGUGAGCAAGGGGAGUUUGAGAUUGGAGUGAACCUUGUUCAAGAGGAGGGAAAUGGUCUCCAAAUGAAGAAGGAGUGA